UUUAAAGUCAAGAGUCAGGUUAAUGUCCUGUCUGACUGACAGACAGAGGUCAUGAUCUCAGGUCAGUGGGGCAAGCUGACACAAUGUAUUUAGGAUUCCCUGUAAUCAGGAGGUAAUUCUCUGUAUUUUCCAGAGCGGAAAAAACAGCGGGGAGUGACGUCAGUGGUAAUUGGACGGGACACCCUCACCCUCGCCCUCACACUCGCCCUGUCCUGUCCUGUCCUGCACGCUGAGCCCAGCCCGUGUUUCAGUGUGUGUUUGCAUGGGGAAGCUGUGAGCGGUCUCUCCUGAAGCUCCGGCACUGCAGAGGCAUCAUGGGAAACUCUCACGGCAUGUCAGUGAAGGAGCUGAGUGCCUGUCAUUCCCAUCAGUGGUACCGCAAGUUCAUGACCGAGUGUCCGUCCGGUCAGCUCACCUUCUACGAGUUCAAGAAGUUCUUCGGUCUGAAGAAUCUGUCCGAAAAAUCCAACGAGUACGUCAAGACCAUGUUCAAGACCUUCGACAUUAACGACGACGGCUGCAUUGAUUUCAUGGAGUAUGUGGCUGCUCUGAGUUUGGUUCUGAAGGGUGGUGUUCAGCAGAAGCUGCGCUGGUACUUCAAGCUGUUCGACGUGGACGGCAGCGGCUGCAUCGACCGCGAGGAGCUGCUGCUCAUCUUCAAGGCCAUUGAAGCCAUUAACGGAGUAGAGCAGGAGUUUUCCGCUGAGGAAUUGACUGACAUGGUGUUCAACAAAAUUGAUGUUAACGGAGACGGCGAGCUGUCUCUGGACGAGUUCAUCGAGGGCAUCCAGGCAGACGAGGUUCUGUCGGUGAUGCUGACCCAGAGUCUGGAUCUGACUCAUAUCGUCAGUAAUAUCUACACAGACACGGGCUCUGAGCAGCAGCUUAACUGACCCCAGACCAGCCUGAGAUCAGGGUGCCAAACCAGAGGACGAUCACCAGCGUAAAUCAACUCUAAAGCUGCUGAUUCAGCAUUAAACCCUCAACGCAUCAGAUACUGACAGCAUUAAUAGUGUUCACCUGCAUUUC